ACCGACAACCGACAGCCGACAAGCCAUAGCCGGCGUGCCUGUUUCUCUUUCAUUACAUUCAGAGAGCCCAUCUUUGACCUAACAGUACCGACCGUGUGAGUCUCGUCUAGUUGAUGAAUCGUGCGUGAAGCUUCUCCUCCGUCUCUCUGGCUCUUGUUCUUUCUUUCUGGCUGAUUGUUGGGAAGUCGUUGGCUCCGGAACAUCCCUCGUGUUUCCACGCCUCUCUGGAACCGCCCUCAUCCACCAUCUACGGCCUGGGUCCUCACUUUGGGACAUUUAGCGCUUUGUUGAAUUGCUUCAUUCACCAUGGUGAAGGAGAGCAAGUUUUACGACAUAUUGGGCGUCACGCCCGACACCGAUGAGAGCACGCUCAAGAAAGCCUAUCGAAAGUUGGCCCUCAAAUACCAUCCGGACAAGAACCCCGACGCGGGUGAGAAGUUCAAGGAGAUCUCCAUGGCUUACGAAGUGCUCUCCGACCCCGAGAAACGGCGCAUCUACGAUCAACACGGUGAGCAAGGCAUCAAGGAAGGUGGGGGUGGCGGCGGCGGGUUCCACUCCCCCAUGGACAUCUUCGACAUGUUCUUCGGUGGUGGGGGCGGGGGCAUGGGCGGUCGUCGAGGGCCGAGGCGGACCAAGAACCUCAUGCAUCAGUUGAGCGUAUCGCUCGAAGAUAUGUACAACGGCACCACCCGUAAACUAGCCCUCCAGAAGAACGUGAUCUGUGGUGAUUGCGAGGGUGUGGGUGGCAAAAGUGGGGCUGUUCAGAAGUGUCCCACUUGUCGGGGAACGGGUAUGCAGGUCCGGAUUCACCAAUUGGGUCCGGGCAUGAUGCAGCAGAUCCAGUCCAUGUGUAGCGAAUGCCAGGGACAAGGCGAGCGGAUAGACCCCAAACUGAGGUGCAAGAAGUGCGUUGGACGCAAGGUGACGAGAGAGCGGAAAAUCUUGGAAGUGGCCGUGGACAAGGGCAUGGAGGACGGGCAAAAGAUCACGUUCAGCGGGGAAGGUGACCAGGAGCCAGGGCUUGAGCCCGGAGACAUCAUCAUUGUCCUCGACGAGAAGGAACAUCCCGUGUUCAAACGCAAUGGCAUUGACCUCAUCAUGAAGAUGAACAUUAACAUCACCGAAGCGCUCUGUGGGAUGAAGAAAUCCAUCGAGACCCUUGACAAACGAACCCUCAUCGUGCAAACUAUCCCUGGUGAAGUACUCAAAAAUGGUGAUCUUAAGUGCGUUUUCAACGAGGGUAUGCCCACCUACAGAAAUCCCUUCGAGAAAGGAAAGCUCCUUAUUCAAUUUGUCGUGGACUUCCCUGAGCGACUGGACCCUAAGAUGGCCGAGAAGCUACAAAAGAUCUUACCGCCCAAGGAAGAGCCCAUGAUCCCGGACGAGCAUGAGGAAGUGAACAUGCAGGACUAUGACCCCGAAGCCGACCGUCAACGUCGUGCCAUGUACGAAGACGAUGAUGACGAAAGAGGUCAACACGGGCCUGGAGUCAGUUGUGCCACACAAUAAGCUAAAGCGUCCGCCCCAUUCCUUCCUCCUCCGUUCUCCUUUUAUUCGUACUGAAAGAGAAAGGCCACCUCCAUCGUUGCCCACGCCACCAAUCUCGACAAACUGGUCAUUGAAACAAUGCGUUUUUCUGUUGAGAGACAUCCGUGAAAGUGGUUUUUGAAGUAAAACAUCAACCAUGAAGCACACGAUCAUCAUUCAUACGUUUUCUUGAAAACAGCAUACGUCGGUCCUUGUUUGUAUUUAGUUGAACAUCAUAACUCUCCAUUUUGGCUGGCGUUGGUGGUCAAUCGUCAUGAGCCAUUCCUUUUGCACCACCCCCGAAUUCGAACAAGUAUUCUGUUUUGCCCGAUGAAAUUCCCGUUUCGUUUCCAUGUCAAAAAUUUUGUUUCCUCCCCACUUCCAUCAGAUAAAUAGCUAUUUUCGUAAUACCUUUUAGAUCCCUUGCCCCUCAACCCCAACAACCUACAUCCUCACAGUAGUUUUGUCUUUUUCUUUACCACACUAUCACUGAAACACGGAUGAAGUGUACGAUUACGUUUCAUCAUCAUGGCUCCACUUAGUACUGCUACAAUCUACAUACAUCCAACAACCAUUGCGCCAGUUUUCAUGCAGAUCAAUGUCAUUGUCAAUCUUAUUGUAGGUAAUAAACCCCAGUAUGAGAA